CGUCUCACGCAAACAGUCCGCUGGCAGCGCUGACAUGUGCGCGGACGUUAGGGCGACAUGAACGGGCCCGAGCUUAAUGAUCUCCCGGACGACUCGGAGCAGCUGUGUCCGUACGUGAGCAGCCUGCGGCGGAGGGCGCUGCGGGCCAGAGAGCUGUGCGCCGCCAGCACCUUGUCCGACGCCUUUCUGCUCAAGUUUCUGCGGGCGAGAGACUUCGACGUGGAACUCGCUCUGAAGCUCCUGCUGAACUAUCAGCUGUGGCGGAGGGAGAGUCCUGAGAUCAGUGGCUGCCUGUCUCCCUCCUCAGUGCUGGGGCUCCUCAACACAUCAUACCACGCCGUCCUGCCGCUGAGGGACCACACCGGCAGCCGGGUGCUCAUCUACAGGAUUGGGCAGUGGAAUUCCAAAGACUGGUCGGCCUUUCAAGUUUUCAGAGUCAGCCUUAUGACAUCAGAGAUCAUCUGCAUGGAAACAGAAACCCAGAGACGGGGGGUCAAGGUCAUAUUCGACCUGCAGGGAUGGAUGUUGGGUCACGCCCUGCAGAUCAACCCUUCCCUCGCUAGAAGGAUAUCCUCUGUGCUAUCGGACUCGUUUCCAUUGAAAGUUAGAGGAAUUCAUCUGGUCAAUGAGCCAAUGUUCUUUCGGCCAGUUUUUGCCAUGCUUCGUCCCUUCCUACCAGACAAGAUCAAGCAGAGGAUCCAUAUGCAUGGUGCAGAUUUCCAGAACUCGCUCUGUAAGUUCUUCUUACCGACGAUCCUGCCUCCAGAGUACGGAGGAGAAGGCCUAGGAAUAGAGGCGGCGUGUCAAGACUGGACCAAUCAGCUGCUCCAAUCAGAGACGCUCCUGCAGCAGAUCGCCGCCCACCCAACCGCUGAUGUCGCCACUUUUCCCAAGGAGUCACACCUUGAAAGAAAACGACACUAAGCUACUUGACAGGUGUAAUUUUUAAUGUACGCAUUCUGGCAGCCAGCUUGUGCAGUCAGAGAGUCAAAGAGGCCGAAAUAACAUCCAACUUGCUUCUCAUUACCUAUCUCUGACUUUUGAGUUUACACGAUUCAUAGCUGUAGCUCUUUCUUACAUUGCUCACUGAUCUCAAACUAAAGGAUAAAGUAGCACAAUAUGGUUAAAAACUCAUGUAGUGGUCACCUUUAGGCCAAACUGUGCUUAUCAUAAACUUGACUUGAAAAAGUAUGAGUAAAGGUUAAAUAUGAUUAGCAUGGGGGUUCUAAGUGACACUUUCUAUGCAGUUUGUGUAAGUAUUUUUUGCUGUCCUUAUUUUUUAUGAAAAAUUCUUCACACAUCUGCUGAUUUAGAGACUUUCAGGCACAGAUGGAGGAGACAUGAAUUGAAGCCAUAGUUUGUCCGAGUCACCUGUAGUUCUUCAGCUUCUCUUUAGUGUGUCACAGGCCCAAAUUAAAUCAUGACUGCACAUUGCCAACAUAAAACACUAAUUUAACUAAUUCUUUGACAGGGUUGGCCCACUUUGUUUAAAAAAUAUUAUUUCAGAUCUGAACACAACUGAAGUAAAAGUAUUUAAUUCAGUUUCCAAAGGCAUCAUUAGCCGAGGCUGGAGAAGAACAUCUACAAAUGUGAGUCUAACUCACAGACAAAAGCUCCUUGGAGUCACAUGAGGGUCAUGACUUUCUUCAGUAUGUAACUAUGCUAUCUGCAGUCAGCUACCAGCUAAUUCUGUGAACAACACACUCUUACAGCUGCUCCUCAUCACUAUAAGAAUAAUUAAUGUUUAACAUCGUCAGCUAGCAACAAACAGACUGAUUAAAGCUCAUCAGCCAGGAAAACUAAUUAAUGCAGUUCUUUUUGUUCACAGUCAACCAUUUAAUCUUAAGGGAUCAUUAUUAUGAACUCUGUAAUGUGAAAUUAACACUUUAUAUAUCAUCAGUGAUACGGAUGAAAAUUUUUUGUUUGUUUGGACCAAUAUUAUGCACAAAUGUGAAUUUUCUGUAAGCACUAAGUUUAUAAUUAUUUGUAUUAAUUGCUGCAUUUCUGCAGCUCAUUUGUUACUGUAUACAGUUUAUUUGAAGCUAAAGAUCAAAGUCUCUGUCUGCUAAUAGAUAGACAAACAAGACUCGGCACAAAAGUGUUGUUGAUAAAUGAUACGAUGUUGGGUUUUAUUUGUGUAUAAGAGGUGCAGGCAGACUGCAUCGACUACUCUCCAGCUACUUCUAACAUAGUUUGUACUAAGUACGUACUUUAUUAAAGUAUAGUCAAUGCAUAAUUGUAUAAAUGCACCAUU